AUGGAUUCGACGAUCUUACCAGCACUCAAUCCGACAAGCGCUCUAAUCAUUGCAACCAUCUUACUCGCUCUACUUUACUUUUCCUCGCACAUUCUCACAGCCGAGAAUUGGGCCCACAACGUCCCACAGGCUCCCCAAGAACCCCUCUAUUCCCGCCUGCUCCAAGAGCCCUCACAUGAUGCACUAAGAAAAUGGGCAGAGACCAUUCCCAACUCUGGCCUUCUCCUUUAUCGUGGCCUGUAUAACAAGCCUAAAAUCCUUCUGACCAACACAGCAGCCGCCCAAGAAGUCCAUCAGAAGAGAAAUCAAGAAAAUGGCAGCGGCUACAAAUACGAGAAAGAAAGCGUCGUGCGGAAAAGUCUCGCUUCGCUGCUCGGUGAAGGACUCGUGACAGCAGCUGGCGAAGAGCACAAGGUCCAACGGAAACUUCUACAGCCUGUGUUUAAGUUGAGAAAUGUGAAAAAUCAGUAUCCGUUGUUCUGGUCCAAAACAAGAGAAUUGGUGGCGGCUUUGCAAGAAUCUGCGAGUCAAGACAGCAGCGGCAAGGUCGAAUUGACCGGAUUAGUAAAUCGAGCCACGCUGGACAUUAUCGGGCAGGCAGGCUUUGGUCUCGAUUUCGAUUGUUUGGCGAAUCCGAAUAAUGAGCUCUGGGAAGAAUAUGCUGCUGCCUUUCGCGGCGCGGGAAAUGGGUCACAGCAUACGGGUCUUUUAUGGAGCACCUUGGCGCGUUUUCUGCCGAGGAGAGUAGUGGAGAUGUUGCUAAGUCGACGAAAUGAGCAGACGAAGAAGGCAGUAGGGGCUGUGAGGCGGAGAAUUGGGAAUGUGAUUGCGAGGAAGAAGAAUGAUGCAGAAAGGUUGACGAAUGCAAGGAAAGACAGUGUAGUCAUCUACGACGCCAAGGAACAGCAGUCGGAGCUUUUGGAUGCGAACGAAGAAGACGUUAACAACAACAACGACAUAAUCUCGCAAUGUAUCCGCUCAGGAAUCACAGACUUCGAAAUGCUACUCGAACAAUCUCUCGCAAUCCUCGGAGCUGGACACGAAACAAUCGCCCAAACACUCUGCGUAGCAAUCUUCGAACUCAGCAAAAACAAACCCCUUCAAGAUCGACUUCGUGCCGAAAUCUAUGACAAGUUACCUUGGAUUUCUCAGUCCAGAGAAGAGCAGAGUCCCACAGAAUCCGAACUCGAUUCCAUCGAAACUCUGCAGUUGCUAAAUGCAGUCUGCAACGAGACGCUCCGAAUGUACCCUAUCAUUCCUUCUUUGGUACGAGAAGCGGCAUGCGAUGUUGAACUCCUCGGCCACAGAAUUCCAAAAGGAACUGUGAUAAUGACUAUUCUGCCGAUUUUUAAUCGCAAUCCGGCUUUAUGGGACCAGGAUACAAGUCUUUUCAAUCCAGAUCGCUGGUUGGUGAGUGCGAAUGGCGGAGCGAAAAAGAGGUCAGCGUUUAUGACUUUUGGACAUGGGCCGUCGGCUUGCAUUGGGGAGAAAAUGGCGAGGUCGGAAAUGGCGAUUUUGUUGGCGGGUUUGGUUGCAGCGUUUGAGGUGGAGUUCUUUGGGCAGGGGGUUGAUGGGAAAGAGAAGAGGGAGGAAUUGGAGUUUGAGUGGGGGGUUGUGUAUAUGAUUAAGGGUGGGUUGUGGAUGCGGUUGAAGCCUGUUGGCUUGGAAUGCGAGAAUUGA